AUCAAUUACAGCAUUAAAAUGCUACUAACGCUGUCAUUGGCACUCAUAUCGAUGGCCGUAAUUGGCUACUUGAUUCGAAUCUUAAUUGUUGAUAAACUGCAAAUCGAGAAAGUAGAAGAUAGAGUCGUACUUAUCACUGGAUCAGCUGGAGGUUUUGGCCGCAAAAUUGUGACGAAGUGUCUGGAAAAUAAAAUGACUGUUUUUGCAACUUGUCGUACUAAAGAGGUGAGUCCGAUUGAUUUUGAUGCUGUGGUCGAAUGGAGGAAAUUCGAGUGUUCGAAAUAA